AUGUGCGCUAAUGAGGCUGUAGUGAUGGGCACUGAUAGGCUGCACAGAUGGGCACUGAUAGGUGGCACUGAUGAGGAGGCACUGGUAGGCAGGGGUGGACUGACAACUCAUGGGGCCCCCGGGCAAUAGGGGAUCAUGGGGCCCCUGUGUCCUUGCCUAAACUCAAAAAAGCCUAUGAAAAAGGUACCAGGGGCAUCUCAUGGGGCCCCCUACUGACCCUGGGCCCUCGGGCAGUGCCCGAGUUUCCAAAUGGUCAGUCUGCCCCUGGACAUACCUA